AUGGGUCAUUUAUUGGCUAGAAUGGCAGCAUUAUGGUUAGAACAACAAACAUUAUCGAAUGCAAUAGAAAAUGGGUACAAGCCAAUUCAUACCAAAAGAAAACGCACCGACCAAGAUGAUGUAUCGAAUAAAAGAAAAAUUAUUAAUAAUUCAACAAUAGCAAAUGAUAGUGACAGUGACGAACGUUUAUCGCUUUCACCUCGAGUUUCACCGAUAAUGUCAAAAGUUACAAAAUCAUCUCAUUCUAUUAAUUGUUUGAUGCCGUCUACAGUGACAUUAUUUAAAUGUCAACUUUGCCGUCGAUCUCUUAGAAACAAAGAUGUCUAUAUGGACCAUAUGAUCAUAUGUGCUGUUCAACGUCAAGUAUCCAUUAAAAUUGUUCGUAGAAAUAAUAAGGAGAAAAAGAAUGACGAAGUUUCUGAAAUGUGA